GUAUGAGUACAAUAAUUGCUUAAAUAUUCUUCAGUCAUGGUGAUUUUAAGAUGCAAAUAUCCCUUCAAAUAAAAAAAAUAAAAAAUAAAAUCUAACCAGAGGCAUUUGUCUUCAACUGCUUGCUCUUCAGUCCUCACUCUUCAGAUACUAGCAGCAGUGUGCUCUGUUCUCCCUUCCUCACCACUGCCUACUAGCUACUACAGAAAAUGGACCUCUCUUUCGUUGUCAUGGUCACCUUCUUCAUCUCUCUCCUUUCUAUCCCUUUCCUCUUCUUCACUCUUUACCGCCGGCAUCCAAACACGCUCCCUCCAGGUCAAAUGGGUCUCCCCUUCAUCGGGGAGACCCUCCAACUGAUAUCGGCCUUUAAAACUGAAAACCCCGAGCCUUUCACCGAUGACCGUGUGAGCCGGUUCGGGUCCAUCUUCAUGACCCAUAUAUUCGGCGAGCCUACAAUCUACAGCGUUGAUUCAGAGGUCAAUCGUUUUAUUCUUAACAAUGAAGGCAAGUUGUUUGAGUGUAGUUACCCAAGUAUGAUAUCCAAUUUACAUGGGAAAUACUCACUGCUUAUAAUGAAAGGAAGUUUGCAUAAAAAAAUGCACUCUCUUACUGUGAAUUUUAUUAAAUCUGCUCUCACUCGCGGCCAACUUUUGCUUCAUAUGGAUACCUUGAUGCGUUCUUAUAUGGACUCUUGGUCUCCCAAAAUUUUGCUCAUGGAGGAAACCAAGAAGAUUACAUUUGCAUUAACAGUAAAGCUUUUAUUGAGCUCUGACCCUUGUGAAUGGACUGAGAGUCUUAGACAAGAGUUUCUUCUUAUUGCGGAAGGCUUCUGGAGCAUUCCCAUACCUUCCAUCUCUAUCUCUUACAAUAGAGCAAUCAAAGCUAAGGAGAAAGUAGUGGAGUCAUUGAGCUUAGUGGUAGAGGAGAGGAGAAGGGCAAUGGAGGAAGGAGAGAGAAAGAACGACGUAUUAGGGGCAAUUCUGGACGAGAAGGCCGGCAAUGAACAUUCCAAUGAGAUGAUAGUGGAUUUAUUGGUGUCUUUGCUGUUGGCAGGCUAUGAGACCACCUCCUCAGCAAUGACUCUGUCAGUCAAAUUUUUAACCGAGAAUCCUCGUGCUCUUUCCGAACUCAAGGAAGAACAAGAUAAGAUCAGAGCUCAGAAGGGGGAUGAUAAUGAGCCGUUGGUAUGGAAUGAUUACAAAUCAAUGCCCUUCACUCAGUGUGUUAUAAGUGAGACUUUGCGAGUUUCUAAUAUUGUCGGAGGCAUAUUUAGGCGUACCCUAUCUGAUGUCCAACUGAACGGCUAUACAAUACCAAAGGGAUGGAAAAUAUUUGCAGCACUUAGGGGGCCACAUAUGAAUGAUGAAUACUUUAAGGAUGCUCGAACGUUCAAUCCUUGGAGAUGGCAGAGUGAUGCAGAAAAGACCCCCGCUAAUGUUUUUAUUCCAUUUGGGGGAGGCCCAAGGUUGUGCCCUGGCUAUGAGCUUUCUAGGGUAUCGAUAUCUGUCUUCCUUCACCACCUCGUUACAAAUUAUAGUUGGGAGCCUGCAGAGAAGGAUAAGGUAGUCUUUUUUCCCUUCACUGGAACUCAGAAGCGGUACCCUAUCUAUGUGAAGAGGAACUGAGGAAUGCAAAGGAGACCUGUAUAUAAGCAUAUAGAUAUAGCCAGUAAAAAGACGACAAUCAACUUUUGGUUGAGAAAAUAAGCUGUGUAUGGAAUUGAUCUGCGACUCAUAAUCUUGUUUCCUUUUAUAGGCUUCUUAACUUGCCAUACAACUUGCAAGACAAUGUAUUUGUAACAUGUAUAUGAAAUAUUCCCUCAACAUCAAAAUCCUAAAUUGUAAAAAGAACUGCA